AUGGCCGCCCCCCCUUCAUCUUCAGGUAUGGGUACGGGACUGACCGCCGAUGGUGCUGGCACCGAAGGCAGUUCUGCUCCCAGCUUGACUUCUCAACAGGGAUCUGGGUCUGAUGCCGUAGAUGUCUCUACGACCUCUCAGUCCACUGUAGAGCCCAGCUCCUCGUCUGUUCAGCCCACCAGCUCCAACGACCCCACCACUUCUUCGGCUGAGCCGACCACCUCCGCGCAGCCGACGUCUUCGAGCACGACUUCGUCUUCGGCCGCCCCCAGCAGCUCGUCGACCCAGCCGCCUUCGUCCAACGAGCCCGAGCCCACCUCGUCUUCGACUUCGUCCGCCGCGCCUCCCUCCUCCACUUCGUCCGCCGAGCCUUCGUCCAGCGCUGAGCCUUCGUCUUCCGCCGAGCCCUCGUCUUCGGCUGCGCCGUCUUCGACUGAGUCGUCCGCCGCGCCUUCUUCGUCCUCCUCUUCCUCGGCUGCUGACUCUUCCUCUUCUACUAACUCUGUUCCCUCCUCCGUUGACGGCGGCCCUCUCACCUCCACCACGCUCGUCGAUGUCCGUCUUCAGUCCGCCAGCCCUAGGCCCAACACCUCGGCUACCGGCGCCGCCGGCCUUCAGUCCAACAACGGCGGUGGCUCGAGCGGUCUCUCCGGCGGUGCCAUUGCCGGUAUCGUUAUCGGCUGUGUCGCUGGUGUCGCUCUCAUCGCCCUUAUCGCCACGAGCUUCCUCCGCCGCCGCUCUCGCCAGCGCCGCACUCUGAACGCCCAAUCCAUGUUCGAGCCCUGGCAGACUGCCCCCGCUGUCGACGACAUGCCCUACGAGAAGUCGUUCCCCAUGCAGGAGCAGCCCUCGUUCCCGCCCGACACUGGUGCCGACACCACUGGCGCCUACUACAACGGUGGUGCUGACCCCAACUACGCCAACUACGGCCAGUUUGACGCUUCUGGAUCGCCCUACCCCCAGUUCCCCUACACCGACAACGCUGUCGCCGGUGGAAUGGCCGGUGCCGGUGCCGGCGGCAUGGCUGGUGCUGGUGCUGGCGCCGCUUACGCCGGCUACAACGCCGACGGCACCCCUAUGGGUGAGGUCCCCCACCAGCAGCCUCUCAUGGACAACGGUGUCGGCGCUGCUGGCGUUGGUGCCGCUGCUCUUGGCGGUGCCGCCGCUGCUGGCGCCGCUGGUGCUGCUGCCGCUGGCGGUAACCAGCGCCAGUCGAUGGUUGGUGUUCCGGCUCCCGCUGGUCUCCACGACAACAUGCAGGUCAACGUCAAGGUUGGAUUCGUUCGCAGUCUCGAGGAUGAACUGGCUAUCACCCAGGGACAAAACCUCUUCCUGCACCAGACGUACGAUGACGGAUGGUGCCUGUGCGAGGACGAGGCCGGCAACCGCGGUGUCGUCCCCCUCAGCUGCCUCGAGCCGGCUGAGGGUGCUGCGCCGCAGGCUCAUCUCUGGGUCGCUGCUCGGCGUGCUCAGCGCGCUCAGUGGUGGCACUUGGACCGUGACCAGACCGCUGGCUGUCAGCUCAUUUCGGGCAUGAGCUUCGGCGCCGGUCGAACUGAUACCACCCUCAACCUUGGACUCUGA